CUUAUGUAUCAUUUAUCUUUAUUUUUAUGUUUCUUUUUGGAACUCCAUGCAAUUUUUGUUUGCAAUUUUUGUUUGUGUAAUUUCAUGUGAUAUCUCUUAGCUUUUUUCGAGAAGCAGAACUUCGCAACCACAGCUCUUUGGUGGUACUCUAAUAAGGAACUUGACCAACUAAAGAUAUGCGCACACACACAAAUAUGUGGAAAUAUUGAAAAGCUUGUAAUCAACCAUUUUGCAGAAACAAGUGUACAACCUGAACUUAUUUAUAGUCAUCUAUAUCCUUUAAUGCUAGCCUGAUUUAUCACAUUUAGAUGAGCCCAUAAAGGUUGCUUAAGUACACCAGAGGUAGUAAAUCUAAGAGUUAAUCAUUACAUGAUACACAAAGUAAGCAACUGUUAUCUACAAAGUCCAUAAAAACAUUUAUUAUAGUUAAAGUAUGAGUACAUCACUGCACACCAGUAGAAUAUUUUCAGCGGAUAAAACAUCAGUGUGUUAACUGAAACAUAACCAUUUGUUGUGUUGGUUAUUAUCGGUUGACUUAACUAUAAAAAUAUAUUUCUAUACAAUGGCCUCUAGUGUAUAUACACACACUCAGCAUACAAGCAUAAAUCUUCUCUGAGUAUCAAAAAUUUGAAAGAAUGACCAAACUUCCAAUAUAUAUGCUAUAUUCAUCAUGUUUUAUUAUGCUUAUUUACUGUUAUUAUCUCAUGCACACAAUGGAAGAUGGGACCUAGGCAGCACGUUUUUUGUCUCUCCUUUUGUCUCUAGGUUUAAAAACCUGUCUUAAAAACUAAUCUGAGGCAGGGAUGUCUCUACCAUGCUCUGGUUUAAUGUUUAGCUUGGGCGAAAUAAAGCCCAUAGAUGAACAGGAAAAUGUGGAAAGCUGUGGCACACUGAUGAGCAGUACUGACACAGAGAUGGAAUCCAAAACCCUGUAUCCAAGGAAAGGGCACUCAAAAAAUCCUGGUGUUGAUGUGGGAGCCUCUGAUUAUCCUAUUGAGCAAGCCUCUCUGAUGCUCUCACCCCUCUCUCCUCUCGCUCGCCUCUAUGUCUAUGCCCUGCAUGGAUGUGUGUGUGAGGUGGCAUUUACUGCUAUCUGGAAUUGGUAUUACACUCAUGACCAAAGGCUUCCUGGCAACACCAGCUUGUGGUCGCUCCUUAUCUAUAGCUUGGCUAUGUUCUUCAUGGAGAGCUUGAGUGCAUGGCUUCAGCAGAGACACUUCCACUUACUGGUCCGACUGACUGUUUACAUCUUGUUCAUAUACCUGUGGGAGUUCAGCUGUGGGGUCUUGCUCAGGCUGUUGGAAGCAUGUCCAUGGGACUACUCACAUUUCAAAUAUAAUCUCAUGGGACUCGUGACCUUGGAGUAUGCUAUACCUUGGGCGGUGGCUGCCCUCCUAGCAGAGAAACAUGUCAUUAGGUAUACACUGAAGAUACGAUUGAAUGGCUAA